AUGGGAAAGAAGAAGGGAAGAGGAGGAGGCGGAGGUGGAGGAGGAGGGGGAGGAGCAGAGAACGCCGCGGCGGCGGCCGUGGCUCCAGAGGUGGUGGCGGCGGGGUCGCCGGAGCCGAAGCAGGCCGACGGCGCCGCCGCCACCACGGCCGUGUUGAAGGUCGACAUGCAUUGCGAGGGUUGCGCGAAGAAGAUCCGCAAAUCCAUCAAGGGUUUCGAAGGGGUGGAGGGGGUGAAGGUGGAUGUGGGGAGCGGGAGACUCACCGUGGUGGGGAGGAUGGACCCGCGGAAGCUUCGGGAGCGGGUGGAGACGAAGACGAAGAAGAAGGUGGAGCUCGUUUCCCCCUCGAAUCCCCCGAAGAAGGAGAACAACGAAGCCUCUUCCGCUCCCAACGCUAACAAACCCUCCAUCAACAGCAACAACCGCUGCAGCCCAAAGCCCGAUCCCAAAAGCGCUUCCGAAAAGCCCGGCGAUAAGAACACCGCCAAGGACAAACUCCCGGUGGUGGGGACGGUGGUGAUGAAGAUUCCGCUCCACUGCGACGGCUGCGUCCACCGCAUCCGAAAAACCAUUUUAAAAAUUAAAGGUGUGGAGCAAGUGUUGAUCAACAGAGAGAAAGAUCAUGUGACCGUGAAGGGUACGAUGGACGUAAAGGCGCUGCCGGAGGCAGCGAAAGCGAAGCUGAAGCGGCCGGUGGAGGUGGUGGCACCGAAGAAGGAUGAAGCAGCGGCGAGGGAGAAAAGCGAGAAAAAGGAUGAGAGGAAAGAGGAAAAGGCGGCGGUCGCGACGGCGGAGGCAAUCGCUGCCAUGAUGGCGGAGGCUAACGGAAUGGAUCGUUGCCGGGGGUGCGGGUAUACUGUCGAGUUGGUCUACGCCCCGCAGCUAUUUAGUGAUGAGAAUCCUAACGCGUGCUCUCUUAUGUGAAUUGGCGUGAUCUUCUCUUUUUGCUACUUCAAAAUGCCAGCACUAUAUAUCUAGCCCUUUUUUUGUUGGCAUGAAUCAGAUUAUAGAAGAUAGAAAACGGCCUACUAGAACAGAGAGAAAAUAGUUAGAGAAUGCAUGUAAAUCUUUUUAUUAGUUUCAUUUAGCUUCUCUUUUCUUUUUUUUUUUAAUCUCAGCUUAAUUAGUAAGUUGUAAAUCCUACUUAA